GACUGCAGCCUUUGUUAUUGUCUUUGAUUUUGAGCUAUUAACAAUGGGCUCUAUGGCUUCCAUGUUGGAAAACCAGAAGGCCUUAUUGCCUGUAAAACCAUACAAUAUUAUGAAUGAUCACUUACAUUAUGGCCCUGGUCCCAGAAAGCAGUUCAUUCACAAAACCAUUCCACACAGUUUUUCCACUGUAUAUUUUAAUGCUGCUACAAGUGUCUUCCUGGGCUGACUUUGUGACAGAUAAAAUCCUAUGUACUGAAGCAUUUGUUUCAGUAAAGUGCCUUUUCUCAUUUUGGGGUGGGUGCCUUUCCCUUUGUUAAUAACAUUAUAUAUAUAUAAUAUAGAGCUUGGUUAUUGAUGUAUAAUAUCCACAUAGCUUAGGUAAAGGUUAGGGUUGUCUUGUAUUUCAAAUUUGAUCUGUACACUUGUUAAUUGUUGUGAGCCAUGCAAACAAAAGAACUGUUAUUUGAAAGCCUUGCUGUGAUGUGAUUCUAAGGCCAGCUGGUAUGAGCUGCUGCUACUAGAUCUGUUUAUUUUAAAAAUAUUUAUUUCCCAUCUUUCUAGGCAAAAGAGAGAUUCAAGGCAGGUUCCCAAAAUAGCAAAAAUAGUCCAACAUUUAUUAACAUUAAAGGAUAUGUAAAGAAGAAAUACUGAAAAGUAAGCCAACAAUAUUGAUAGCUGAAAUAGCAUAAUAAUCUCACCUCAAAAACUUGGCAGAACAAAGGUAUUUAGGAUUGGUCUUAAACAUCUGGAAUGAGUGUAUAAGAUGUUUCAUAGCACCUACUGCACCAUUCCAGUGCCGUGAUCUGUAAUACUCUGUUGCCAUUUCAGGCCUGUUUCUCUAUAUUCUUUGCCUUUCUAUGGUUCAGUGUGCCCAGAGCAUAACUGAUCAGAACUUAUUAUUUACAAAGUUUUAGGUGUUGCUGCCAAGUACUCAUAGUGUAGGUAUUUGCAGAAAGAGCUGUGCGCUACUGCUUAUCACGCUUUAUCCAGCUGGAAGUGGAGGGCCAGUGCUGAGUCUUGGACUCAAACAGUUGAGGGUUCAAAAUGGAUUUAGUGUAAGGGCCCUCAGCUCUUUUUAAUUUGCCUCUGACAGCUGUAGUUAUUUCAAGCUGUUGCAGCUAUGCAUGUAUAUGUAUAUAGGAUCAGGUUGACAGGUUAACUGCAUUUUGGCAAGUGUCUGAAUAAUAAAUAUAUCUCUGCAUAAUGUCUGUUACAUUAAAAAUACAUUCUCAGUUUUAAGCAACCAUUUUUAGAUUGAAAAAAGGAGCAGAUUGGAUAUAGUAAUUUAUUUUGUCAAUAAACUAUUUUAAUGCCUGUUCCUUUUGGAACUUGAUUGAUUGGUUGCUACCCCCUUACUGUGCUAUAACCCAACAUGAGAAAUGAAUGGGGAUUAAAUGUUGAGCUGUAAAUCUCCUGUUGACAGAAAGGAGCGAAAAAUAAUGGAAGAGAGUUACCUCUCAGAAAUCAGUGGUUUCUGAUCAGAAACAUGCUUCUGAGUUUUUCUACUAGGCUACCACACCCUUGCUUCCUAUCUAGCUAUUAUUUGGCUCUGUGUAGAGACUUAAAUAUCAUUUAUGAUAAUAACCAUGUAAAGAAUACUUUCAGUAGAAAUACCACCUUUAUUAGAUUUAUGUUCUACAUUGAUACGUAUUUUAGUUAAAUCCCGACUGCAGUUUGUAAAUCCUGAUGUUGCCUAUCCCAAACUACCAAAAAUAAACAUGAAUAACAAAUCCAGUUUCUGGAAGAUGCUUUGACUUUGAUUUUCCUGGGAAAUGAAGUUCUAAAGUUCAGGGAAAACGCCUGUGUAUGCUAGUUCUGAUUUAUUGCAUGGGUGGUAAAUAUAAGAUUGUGUUACUAGAUGCUCUUAAGCUUAAAUGAAAUACAGAGAUGGGCCAUGUAGGGCUUUCUCGGUCAUUAUCAGUGCCCUGAACUAAGCAUUGAAGUAGUGGUGUCAUGAGUUUUCAAGCAAAGACUCAAGCACGAUCAGGCAAGAACAUCCUUGCUUGAAACCCCAAACAAACAAAACGCUACUCUCAUCAAUCCUAUGGGCAUCUCCUUCCCAAAGGUCCAGAAACUUACUUUGGGGCAGAGGAAAUGCUGGCAGAUGCUCCGCUCCCAGAAUCCUUGGCAGGAAAUAAAUGCUAUAUUCACCAUUUCUUCUAAGGAGAACACCCCAAAGGGCUUUCCCUUGUGGAAAUAAUGUGGAGAUUGUAAUUUUCCUGCAGGAGUCCCUGAUCAGAAAUGACAUUCCGCCAGGGUCUACGUCGGAGUAUCUACUGCCUGCACCUACAUCUUUUCCCCUGCCCCAAACUGAGUUCCUGAACUUUAGGAAACCGGGGAAGGCAGUGGAUGCUUUGUGAGCUCUUUAAAAUCUUUGUGACUUGGUUGUUUAGAAUUUUCAGAAAGGCCCAACCCCUUUGUGAGCACACAGUUGGGUACUUCUACAACACUGGAACUUUGGUAUCAUGUAUUGAUAUGUCCUUGUGUAUUUUUUUGAAAAUGGUACUUACUCCCAAGUAAAUGCAUAUAGGAUUGCAGUCUUGGUGUCCAUAUGUGCAAAGUUAGAAUACUCAGAAGCAGAUUACCUGGUAGCAAUGACCAUACUACAGUGUGCUUUAUGAACAUGGCAAAGGAGGAUGACUGCAGGUUUUGUUGUUCAUUUGCAAGGGAAUGCUUGUUGACAAAACACUUACUGGGUCCACAAACAGUAGAAAUGCUGUGUCCACAAACAGUCAGUAGAAUAACUGAAGGCGAUUUACUUGUUAUCAUGUGAUUUAGCAAUGGAUACCAGUUAUUUCAAUAUCUUGGUGUAGCUGAUAAUAUGGCUAUGUAUACAAAAAGAGAGGUGCAAGAACUUAAGCCUGCCAGGAAGUGAUGUCUUCUGCCAUGAAAGCCCUGACCCUUAAUUCUCAAUUUUGUGGAGGACUGGCUAUGGCUACGGAGUGGUGAGGAAAAGUCACUCUGCCUUUGUUUUGAGGUGCUGUCCUUUAUUAGUAAGCAGAGGGUUGAACACCUGCUGUGCAAUGCAAUCUUACACAUGUCUAUUCAGAAGUUGCACAGACUUCAAUGCCACUUACUUCCAUGUAAGGGUGUGCAGGUUUAGCUAUCUUUUCUGAUGUUGGCUCUUGGGCAGUGAUGAGAAACAAGCUUUAACCUUUGUAGCCCUGCAAAAAGGGAAGGGGGAGGGAACCAGUUCUUUCCAGUCUUGCAAAUCUGAAAAGUAUUGGAUCAUGGAGCCUAAACUGCAUAAUAAGAGAGUUGUGUUCUGCAGAAUGGGCAAUGUCCCAGCUGCUAGAGGUGUACACCAGCCACAAAAUCUGACUUGUUAUUUGUACCUUGGGGAAGCAGCCCAAUCUAUUUUGCAGCUGCUUUGUGUAUUUCUAUUUCGACUAGUUACUCAGGACCAAAUUAGACAUGUGAAAAAUGAAGCUGUGCUCUUCCUACCCCUCCACCCCACUCUGGCUGUCCAAUGUACUAUAAUGGGGAAUCUAAACAUGACUAACUUAUUUCCUCUCGCCAGAAAUGGAUAGAAUUUUCAGGCAUAGGAGCCCCUCCAGAGUGGAUUGAGCCUGUCAAAUAGUAGCUUUUGUGCAGAGCACCAAGGUUUGUUUGUUUUUGUUCUUUUAAAAGAAAAUUAGCUUAUGCCAGAAUUGGAUGCAAUUUACAGACACGAUUGCCCAUUCUGAGGGAGAGAAAGCUUGCUAAAUUUCAGAAUGAUUGCUACAGUGGCUCUGCAAAUAACAAACUCACUGUUUUGUGGUGGGUAAAUUCAUGGGGAAAAGAAGACCUGGGUAGGUGAAAGAACGUGUUAUCUCAAAGGUCAUUGGUGAAAGGUGUCAUUAUACUGCACACACAAGGAUACAGCCUCUUCUUAGGUACUACUGACAGCAGAACUGGAUGCUGACCGUUGGUCAAAACUUUUCUUGAUACAUCAUAUGUAUUUCUAGCCAAAAUAAGUUUAAAAGCCAGCAACAGCCUAAAUGACAAAGGGACUGCUCUGUACCUGAGUGAAGAUGGUGGGGUAUUGUUUUGACCCUCUAGUCUAGGUUUUCUAACCACAGUGAAUUAGUUUUCCAAGGCACUCCAAUCACAUUGAUUUAGGAGAUGGAUGCUAAAGUAACUACUAAUAAUUGUGUUUGCUGUUCUCAUGGAUCUCAUGCCUUCCCCUAUGUCAGUCAAUAGAGAAAGAGAUUGACAGAGAAAGUGGGAAAGAGAGAGAAAUUUCAUAGAGAAUGAGCAAUGUUCUAACACCACUACUGACUUUUUUAAAAAUGCAUUAUUGGUUUGUAACAAGAAUGUGACUUUCAGCUUUGUAUGUUAUAUUUCAUACUGUAUUUCUGAUUGCAAACCCUUAAAUAUUCACAGAUCUGUGUGGUCGCAUAACUUUAGUUUACCAAAGAUUUUCCUUCCCAGCUAUUUUAUAUAAUGCUCAGUUGACUUGUUCCUGGUGUUAAUCCAUUUCGUUAACUAUUACCUAACAUUGGAUUGGUAAAAAUACAGCCCAUGUAGUUAAGCAGUAUACUGUAGUGAACUUUACCUUGGAAAUCGUCUAUAAGCAAAUCCAGAACAGAAUGCAGAUCAGGUCAUUCUAGGAAAAGUCUUAUGGGAUGACUCAUGGAGGAAAUAAAAUUAAGAAAGCAAUAUUAAAUAUUGAAAAAGUAGUGAGAUACUGGAAGCGAAGAAAUCUACAGGUGAGCUGAGGGUGUAUAGCUGCUGUUGAUGUUUAGCAUCAGUCACUAGAUAGUUUCAGGCAUUUCAUCUUAAAACCAAAAUGGAGUAUUUGCAACCUUAGUCCUUUUUUUUUAAUGAAACAAAAUAAGAAUGUAAAGAAAAGGCUGUCUAUUAAUUUAAAACUUGGGUAAUUUUUAGUAUUGCAUUUUGUUUGCUGUCUGUGGGCUGUGUUGCAUGCGGGUGGAAGAAUGAACUUGGAGAACUUACUUGGGCAAGGUCAUGUUCUGCAAUAGCAAAGGGACAGCAGAUACAGCCAAGUGUAGUCUGUCCAGAAUUAUUUAUUUACUGAUGACACAGGCAUUCAACAAGCAGUGUGGAAUAACAUAUUUUCCUAUUAAUACAUGUGCUCUGUUUAGACCAGGAUUUGAAUAUUGGGAGCAUCUUCCUUGCCUGCCCAUCCUCCUCCUUCACUUCCUAGUUUGUAGUAACCAUAGGGUUUUGUGUGUGUGUGUGUGUGAUGCCUGAAUUGGUUACCACUAGGCAUAGUUUAGCUUCAAGUCCACUUCAAACCAUGACUCCGACUCCAGUUAAGAGCCAUGUUAUGGCUAGUUUGCCAGAUAGGCCCGGAGAUAAUUUCAGUAUGUAAGGAGGGGGCAGCUUGGUACAUGUGACAUCUGAAUGUGGCUAGAGUACUGGGAAAAUGUUAACAUCUCUAUGGAAAAUUGAUCAGUCUUUAGGAAAGACAUUGAGAUCCCAAACAACCAUUAAGAAUGCAUAAUUAUUAAGGUUUCUAAAAAGAGAAUGGAAAGGUUCAGCCAGGAAAAGAAGUCAGUUGCUGAUUGCCCGUGAGCUUUCAUACAGUAUUUGUGCUGUGAAGGGCAGUUAUUUGUGUGAAGGGCAAUUCUUUAUAGUGUUUGCUUUUCUGCCCCAAGAAAUUCUAAAGGACAUUGAAAAUUCCCACUCCUAUUUUUUAUUCUGUACAUCAGGGUUCAUCUUUAUCAAGUUGCAUUGGUGAUCUGGCUUGUUUAUCUUGCUUUGAUGCGUUUUUUUCAAAAUUGGGACCAACAGAUACUGAUGAAAGUAAGCAACGUUGAAUAAAAUGGUGUGGUACUGCCUCAGCUUCACACCUCCCCUCCCCCUUUUGUUAGCAGUAAAUUUUAUUUUGUCAGUACCACCCUAUAAAAUAUGUUAAUUUUUUUCUUCUUUAGAUCUUGUUCCUGUUUGUUCUAAGGUUUUUCCCCAUACAUCUUUUACCAGAUGUUUAGAGAGUGAUCAGUGCUAUUAACAUGCUACUGUAAUAGGCAAGGAAAUAACACUGAUUUCAUUUAUUAUGUUUAUGUGCUUGUCCUUUUGAAGUGUAGUUAUACUGUAUUUUUAAAUAUCUACAAGGACUUCUGAUUUUACUAACUGAUUUGAAAGAAAACAUUGCAUUUAAAGGGACAGCUUAAACAAAUUUCUAAAACAGGCCUUAUAGCACAGUCUCUUGAACUUUACUUUCACAAUAAGCUAUAGAAGCUUUGUUCCUUUCUAACAAGGCGCAGCUCCCACUUAUCUGUUGGGAGCAGGAAUAGUCCACACAAAGGUUACACUUAAACAGCGUAAUGUUAUUUCUUUUAGUAUUGUGUGGUGACACUUCAAAUACUAUUAAACUAAAAAUAAUACAGAUCUUGGGCUUCUAACUGGAAUAAAAACAUUUUAUUUGUACACUUCUUUAUCACUUUCUGUGACGGCAAAGCAAUAUUUGUUGUUUGCCAAGAAUUAGAAGAUACCAACUAUAAAAUAAAGUGCUGGCUAUAGAGCAUCCUGUUUACUUUGCUUUUUUGACUUUAAGACAUCUAAGAAAGAGAGGAAAUGAGCUAUUUGUUUUAUGCUCAGUUGCUUAAUGUUCUGUCUUAAGAGAUUUUAUAUUUGGAUUGUAGGAAAGUCUUAAUUAUAUAUAUUUAAUGAGAAAACUAUUCUACUAGCAACAAAUAAAAAUAAUAUGCAGGUGUACAUAAGGAAGCUUCUUACUAUAUGUCUUGAAAAGUGCUUUGUCUAUCUUUCUGGCCUCUAUGGGUUUGGAGACAUCUCAAGUUAUCAUCGUAACAAUCCAUUAAUCCAGGGGUUCACAGUGGGUAGCUGGCAACACCUUACCUGCUUAUUUGCUGAUGACAUUGCCAUCAUCAAGACCCAAAAGCUGCUCUUCCAGAGAUUCUUGGUGGAAAGAUGGAUGAGCAAUUACAAGAAGAGCAAAGUCCUCUGCAUCCAGUCAACAUUUCAGAGACUCAUGACGUAUCUUCCAGCUCAUCAGCUGUUGAAGAAGCAGAGAAAACACUGGGAAUUCAGGAUAGUCUACAGAUUGCAGACACUGGAGGUGAAAAAAUCCCUUUGAGCAUAGAAAAUAAACAAUUGACACUGGAUCCCAGUUCAACAGCUCUUGAUGCAAGUGGAAAUGGGGAUGUUGUUGAUGCACAGCUUACACCAGACCAUAAUGGAGAUGGAGGUGGAGAUUGUUGUGCUAAGCCAUUCAGAAUGCAGACAAAAGAGGACUGUUUACCUAUGGGAGACUGUAAAGGACAGGUUUCUAAAACUGAUGACACAGAUCGAUCCCUGGUACACCUAUUGCAUGAUGAUAUGAAAGAGCCUCAUGGGGUCUGCUCAGAAAGCCCUUAUGACACAGAUUGUACUAAGAACCUUAUCUCAACUAUUCAGAAUGCUUCUUCUCAGGAAGCUUUGUUGGAAGAAAUAGAGUCUGAACUACUAUCGACGGAUUUGCUGAAAGACCAUAAACUUCCAAAUGGGGUGUGCAAGAGUGAUGCUACGUUGGCUGUACUUGAAAAAUGCAUGCAAGAUAAAUAUCUGCAGCAAGAGCACACAAUAAGGAAAUUGAUUAAAGAAAACAAAAAGCACCAGGAACUAAUUUUGGGCAUUUGUUCAGAAAAGGACAACUUAAAAGACAAAUUGAAGAAAAGAACAGAAACUGAAAAACAGCACCUUGGCAUUAUUAAACAGUUAGAGGCCAGAAUAGAGGAUCUCCAAAAAGAAGUCAAAGCUGCUAAAGAUAAACUGCUAUCCCAAGACGCUGCUGCGAAAAAUGCCAUACAACAACUGCACAAAGAGAUGGCUUUUCGUACAGAUCAGGCAAACAAGAAAUGUGAAGAAGCCCGCCAAGAAAAAGAAUCCAUGGUAAUGAAAUACGUUAGAGGAGAGAAGGAGUCCCUAGACCUACGAAAGGAAAAAGAAAUACUUGAAAGAAAAUUGAGAGAUGCAAAUAAAGAAAUUGAAAAGCAAACUAACAAAAUAAAGCAGCUUUCCCAGGAGAAAGGACGUUUGCACCAGCUCUUUGAAACCAAGGAAGCUGAAGCCACCAGAAUGUCAAGAGAAAUAGAGAAAUUAAAAGAAGAAAUGAACUCUCAUGUGAUCAAAGUAAAAUGGGCCCAAAACAAAUUGAAGGCUGAAAUAGAUUUACACAAGGACACCAAAGAUCGGCUUAAAGAGGCAACAGCAAAAGUCACUCAAGCAAAAGAGGAAGCUGAGCAAAUACGAAAGAACUGCCAAGAAAUCAUAAAAACAUAUCAAGAGUCCGAAGAAAUUAAAUCAAAUGAGUUGGAUGUAAAACUCCGACUUACAAAGGGAGAGCUGGAAAAACACUUGCAAGAGAAGUCUAACCAUCUAGAGGUACAUCAUGCCAAAAUAAAAGAACUUGAAGAUGUGAAGCGAACUUUUAAAGAGGGUAUGGAUGAGCUACGAACUCUAAGGACAAAGGUCAAGUGUCUAGAGGAUGAACGAUUGAGAACAGAAGAUGAAUUAUCAAAAUACAGAGAAAUUAUUAAUCGCCAGAAGGCUGAAAUUCAGAAUCUGCUGGAUAAAGUGAAAACCAUUGAUCAGCUCCAGGAGCACCACCAGAGAGAUGAACAAGAGAUUAACUCCUUGAAGGAAGAAGUGGGCAGUCUCAACUCUCUGCUUACUGACUUCCAGAAGGACAUUGAUGGCAGCCGGAAAAGAGAAUCAGAGCUAUUGGUCUUCACUGAAAAGCUGAGUACCAAGAACGCCCAACUGCAGUCAGAAACCAACUCCCUACAAAUGCAAGUAGAUAAGAUCACCUACAGCGAGAGAGAGUCUCAGAAUCAGCUGGAACUAGUGAAGCAAGCAAGAGAUGAACUGGCAAGUAAAUUGCAGAAAGAAGAGGAACUUCACAGAAACAAUGUUCAAGCGCUGCAGGCUGAAUUAGCAUCUCAGCAGAAAGCAUUAGCAGACCUCAACACUAAAGCAGAUGAAUUAAAAGAUGAGUUGGUUACUCAGAAGCGAAAGCAUGCUGCAAAUCUUAAAGACCUCACCAAGCAACUUCAGCAAGCACGAAGAAAAUUAGAUCAGCUUGAAAACGGCAACUAUGAUAAAGAUGUCAGCAGUAUGGGGAGUCGUUCUAGCUCGUCGGGAUCGCUUAAUGCUCGAAGCAGUAAUGAAGAUCGCUCGCCAGAAAACAGUGGCUCUUCAGUAGCUGUGGAUCAUUUCCCUGAAGUGGACAAGACCAUCUUGAUUGAGAGAAUAGUAAGGUUACAGAAAGCCCAUGCUCGGAAGAAUGAGAAGAUGGAGUUCAUGGAGGAUCAUAUCAAACAGCUGGUUGAAGAAAUCAGGAAAAAAACCAAAAUAAUCCAGAGCUACAUUUUGAGGGAAGAAGCUGGCACAUUGUCAUCUGAGGCCUCUGAUUUCAAUAAAGUGCAUUUAAGUAGGCGUGGUGGGAUUAUGGCCUCUCUCUACACAUCUCACCCAGCAGACAGCGGGCUCACUUUGGAACUCUCUCUGGAGAUAAACAGGAAGCUCCAAGCAGUCCUGGAGGACACUUUAUUGAAGAAUAUUACCCUGAAGGAAAAUCUGCAAACACUAGGAACAGAAAUAGAACGGCUAAUUAAGCAGCAGCAUGAACUGGAACAGAGACUGAAGCAAACAUAGCUGAGAGCAAGACCAAGGAGGCAGAAAAGACAGGUGCCCCGUACCCUGUUGGUAUAUAGCCUGGAUAUCCGCCAGUGUCUUCUGCCAAUCCCAUGAAGCUUUAAUAAAGUGAACUGGAGUAUGUUUAUGAGCGAUGUUUACAAGGCCUAAGUCCCAGCGCUUGCUUUGCCUGAAGUGAAGGAAAACGCUUGGUGAACUUUUCUGAACACUAUUUGCAUCCAUAUUGCUUUUCACUGAAACAAGCUAUCAACAUGCACCAUUUUAUGCACUUAUAUUUAGAGAGGGUGCAAAAAAAAACUGUGCAACUACAGUACCCUGUUAAUGAAGCUUAGUGGGAGGAAAGACUCUUGGGUUUUGCAGUUCUUGGGGGUGGGUAGUGAUGGGGAGGGUUGUCCAUUGGACAUAUUAAACUUAUUGCCCUCUAGAGGAUAUAUGUUUGGAGAAAACCAAACUCACACACAUGCACUUCCUCUCUUGGAUUUAUUUAAAUUGGUUGGUUUUAUUUAUAACAUGCAUUGGAAAAGACUUUCAUAGUAGACUGUUCUCUGAGGACAUGGUACUGCAUAUUUUAUCAAUUGGAGAAGAGAGAAUUUUAUUUAAAUCCCUGCUGACUUUUUGGAUAUGAAUUGGAUUUUUUUUUAAUUAAAGAGAAUAAUUGAAAGAGAAACUUCUGCAGCUAAUUGAUGUGAGCUGUUGAGACCAGGGUUGCACCUACAGAGAUUGCUAAUAAAAUACAGAGCUAUUUAUUAUUUGAAUCCUUAGAAGGCUUUGUAAUUUAAAUGGAAAUAGCAGUUGCAUGUGUGCGCUGUGGCAAAAACAUAUACUCUUGCUACUUUAUUGCCUGUCUCAUACCUUCCCAUGUACUGGCACGGCCAUACUUUUACGUGGGUGAAGAAGGAAAAGAGGUAUUUACUAGGGAACUUAAGUUGUCUAUACGAGGCAUCCCCAAACUGCCACCCUCCAGAUGUUUUGGCCUACAACUCCCAUGAUCCCUAGCUAACAGGACUUGUGGUUGGGGAAGAUGGGAAUUGUAGUCCAAAACAUCUGGAGGGCCGAAAUUUGGGGGUGCCUGGUCUAGAAAUGACUACAUACAAGCUUUCUUAAGAAUGGCGAGUGACAGCUUGCAGCCCUCCAUGUCUUUUUGGACGCUUAACUUCCAUCAGCCCUAGCCAGCGUGGUCAGCGGCAAUGGGAUCUGCCCUGCAAUCUGGAGGGUCACAAGCCCAGGGCCGUCUUAAGCACCUUUGGCGCCUUGGCGCCGUGAUGCGACGGAUCCCCCCGCCGCCCCGUUUUCCAGCGCAGCGGGCGGGCUCAGUGCGCAGCGCGGUCGCCUGGCCGUAGAGCCAGCCCUGCACAAGCCUGGCACAUAAUGAACAGAAAAAGCUACCUACUACUGGUUGCUGAAAUGAUAGGCAGCACCAGGAGACAAUAAUGAACAGCUGCAUCUCUGCCAAAAAUAUGUAUGUGAGCUAUGCGAUUCCUAAAAUACAAAUUGCAAAGCAUUGGAAAUAACUGGGCAUUUCAGUAAUUUUGCUGGUGGAUAGCAUGUACUUAGUAAAAACUUAAGAUCGACAAGUAAAAUUAAGAUAUCGAGGCUGCUUUGGGAAGAGAAGAAGCUGGUGGGAACUUGAGGCUCUUCUCUUUCUGUUGCUUUGACGAGCGCUAGCAUGCAUUUCCAAGGAACAGAGCAAUAAAAGGGAGGCUCUGGUUUCUUAUGCUUUAAACCUUGAAGUGAUAUGUGGUUUUUCAUGUUCCUUUUUGAGAAGAGGGCAGUGCAUGUUCAGGCUUGAGCUUGUCCUGAUAGGAGGAGGAGGAUGAAGCAGAUGCUUGCCUUCCCCUUUCAGGAAGUCAUUGGUGUACGGUAAAUGCAUUAUGCCAACUAGAUCAUUGCUUUGUUUUGCCUUAUUAGAAUAUAGCAGCUUUCCAAAGCUACACUGCAUCAAAAAUCUUGACGCCCACGUGACUAAGGGUAAUGAAAAGAAAUUGACAUAUGCCAUUCAAAUUUAAUUAACUUUCUUCCUUUAAUCCCCCCUUCCCCACCCCAAGGAUGGAGCCUUGAGAGGAAGGCAGCCUCUAUUUCAAGUUGCAAUGUUUCUUUUCAUUUGUUUGUUUAAAAUACAAAACUCAACUUGAACUUCUUACAUAGUUGCAUGUGAAGGUUCCAUUGGCUCUUCUCACGUGUGUGGAUUGAGCCUCACUUUGAGAGAACUGCUCUUUAAAAACAAAAAGGAACCCUAAACAAAUAUAUUUGUACAAAUAUGUAUAUACUGCUAGAGUUUGUAUUUUUAAAAAAUCCAUGCAUUUCAUACUUGUGUACAGUAGCAACAUCACAUUAGCAAAACACGUUUGCCUUCCAAAUGGAACCUUUAUGGUGUUGGGGACAAAGAACUGUCCUCAGUCUUGAACAUACAAAAUUAGACAUUUUCCCCUGUUUAGUGUUACUUCAUUGUGUAUAAAUUAGGACUGGAAUAACUGAAAUUGUACAAGUCUGCAUUUUUUCCUUCAAGGGGGUCAUUGUUAGUCACCAAUUACUUGUUUUUAAGGAUCAGAAAUUAAAGUGUGUGUGCACCCAAAACCAACCAACCAACCCAGAAUUUCUUGAUUCUUUUAAUGGCAGAAGUGUAUUUAUUUUCAGAAUAGUGCAUCACUGAGCAUCACAAAUUUAGCCUAUCUACUAUGUAUGCUUGAAAAGUUGUAUAUUUGCAAUUGCACUGAGUCUUGUUUAAAAUACUUCCAGCCCGGGGUGAACAACCUUUUCACCUGUGUGAAUUGGUCCAGGACAGAGUUUGCAUUUCUGACUUAGACUAUUAAGAUGAAAAAAGAGCUCAGAGAAGGGUGAUGUGGCGGAAGCCAUUAUUUUGAUAAGCCUUUUAAUAGGCCUGAUUGCUUAUUCUUUUCUGAAUGGAGGAUAUCAAUAAACUCUUGAGUGUGUGUUAUAUGCCUGGACUGCAACUCCGAGCUUGUGGUAAACCAAUUGUGUGAUGGUAGACGGCACAUGCAGAACUGGAUUUUUGGUGCUGUAUCUAGUGUGAGCUAUAUUCAGAGUAGACCCAUUGAAAUUAAUGGAUGACUUAGCACCAUUAAUUGCAGCGGGACUACACUGAGUAAAACAUAGAUGGCUAUAACACUGAAGAGGUUUGCCACAAAGCCAUCUGUUUCCAUUGGCAUGCAAAAUGAAAAACAGCAUAUUCUGCACAGAGCACUUGCUCAAUACAAAAAACCAACAAACAGGAUAGUAGUAACUGCUGCAUAAACAACUUCUGUACUUUGUACAACCGGGAGACUGCACAUCCCAAAUUGUUAGAGUAUGUCUAGGUAUUUCCUGAAGGAAGUGAUCAGACAAUCAUUUUGAAUCAGCCCUUUGCAUUUUAAGAUCACUUUGAAGGUGGAAUUAUUGGAGAGCAAUUGUAUCUUUGCCAUUCUUUCAUAGAUGCAAUUUGCAAAUGCUGUGAGGGCAACUGGACAAGAUGAGGGGAGAUCUGUAAUUGACAUAGUAGCCAGGGAAGAUUCAGAUGAGAAAUAGCAGUGCUGUGGGAGCAAAGGGUUAGCAUGGGAAGGAAAUGUUAAUAAUAAUAAUAAUAAUAUAAUAAUAAUAAAUUUUAUACUGCUCUUCCUUCAAAUAUCUCAGGGCAUAGUUUUCUGCCUCCCUACUUUUCUGUGCAGUAGAAGUAGCAAAUGUGUGUGCUUAGACCACCCAGAGGAAGCAGGCAUGCUUAAUGCUAUUCUUUUACCGUCAGAGGUAUUUAGGUCAGCAUAUUAGGCCACCUUCUUUUUUAAUAUUCAGAAUGCUUAAUUAGAGACCUCUUCAGGGCUACCUGCAGCAAACCGUCUAAAUGAUAAAAAUGGUGAUUCAGCCAUUUACAGAAGGGGUUAGUAAUAAUAAUAAAAAACCAGAGUUUUGUAGCACCUUAAAGGCUAACAAAUUCGUUAUGGCAUACAAGCUUUCAUGGACCUGAGUCUACGUCAUAUGCAUGGAAUAUUAUCAAGCAGUAUCUGGAGAAAACUUGCUCUAGGAAUGGCAUAUGUUUUGCAGCAUUGUAUGUCCCCAGUAAGCAACAUGACAUCUUAAUUGAUCUUUAAUUCCUGAUAAUUUAAACUAAUUAAAUAAAUAAGGGAGUUUUCAUCAGACAAUGGUAAUACAAGGAUUAGUGCAUGCUAUGAACAGGGGAAAUAUAUAUAUAUAGGAAUAUAUAGGAAACUGCUUCAAUAUGAAAAUAAAGAAAUUAUAAAAAAUGAAGUGAUGUUACCACUAUCUAAUGCAUUUCUGAUGUUCCAAAUAAACUGCACAUUCCUUUUCAAAGCCCGUUCAAGAAAGUAUAUUUAAGAGUAGCCUGGUCCUUCGGCUGCAAACCUUUGCACUUUUCUGGUAUUAACCUCCCCUUGAACCCCAUGGAGCUUUAUAGACAGAGCCCCCUUCUGCACCAUACCUUUAAAGCAUCUUCAUCACUAACCAUCAUGGUUUACCCCCUUAAGACUCAUGGAAACACUAGUUUUUUUAAGGGUGCUCAAAAGAAAUCCCUGUUCUCACAGAGCUCAUUCCCAGAGUAGUUUAACAAUCAGUCCCUCUUCCAGGGAGCUCAGGCAGUUGUAACCGUGGGAGAAAAAUAGGAGUCUCAUAACCCUCAGCACCCUUAACAAACUGCAGGUCACAGAAUUAUUUGGGGGAAACCAUGACUGUUAAGUGGCAUGAUACAUUGGGAGUGUAGAUGGGCCAUAACCAGGACUGAGCUGCUAAGUCGUUUGUACAAUCUUUCUAGCCUCUUAAAAAGCAAGAGUCUGAAAUGACCAUGGCACAAUUCACAGAAAGUGUUACGAGAUAAAGAACGAGCUCUCUUCAUUUGGAGACCAAGAUAUCAGCAGCAUUCUUGAAAGGACAAAGCUGUU